UUCAACAUGAAAUUACUUAUUGUCUUGUCUGCCUUAUUGGGCGUUGCAUUGGCCAGACCUGGAUACGACGGAGGUUAUGGCGGACCCGGUAUCCAGCGCGGCCCGGAAGGACCUUUCGGCGGUCAGCAAGGAUACGGAGGACAGCCACGUGGGUACGGCAGUGGAAACAACCAACCUUUUGCCCAGACCAGCCAGGUAGGAUAUGGCAGACCUGAUGGCCAGAUCGGUCAGGGAUAUGGCAGACCUGCUGCCCAGAUCGCUCAGGGAGGAUAUGGCAGACCUGAUGCCCAGAUCGCUCAGGGAGGAUAUGGCAGACCUAAUGUCCAGAUCGGUCAGGGAGGAUAUGGAAGACCUGAUGCCCAAUUCGGGCAGGGAGGAUAUGGCAGACCGAAUGAACCCCAGGUUGGUCUGGAAGAUUUUGGCGCUCAGAACGAAUUCGGCGAUAAUUUUGACCAAGCCCACCGCGGUUGUAAUCACCCCGGACAUCACGGACAUGAAGGACAUCAUGGACAUGAAGGACAUCAUGGACAUCAAGGAAGGCGCUACUAAAUCGUCGAUAUUUAAACAGAGAAUAAAGCAAAAACUUCUAAAAAAUAA